AUGCACCUGCCCGGCGGCUCACCAGCCAUGGCCGACGGGAGCUUCUCGCUCGCUGGACAUCUGCUCCGCAGCCCCGGCGGGAACACGUCCAGGUUACACAGCAUCGAAGCCAUCCUGGGCUUUUCCAAGGACGAUGGGCUCCUCGGUACCUUCCCGGCGGCGGCGGCGGCCGCGGCGGAGCGGGGCUCCCGGGGCUCGAAGGAGCGGGAUCGGAGGCUGGGCGCGCGGCCCGCUUGCCCCAAGGCGACAGCAGGUGGCACGGGGCCAUCCCCGCCACCAGCCCCGACGCUGGUCCCGGAAUACGAAGCUUCUCGCCCCUGCUGCCCCAAGGAGCCAGGAGAGACUCGGCCGAGCCCAGGGCUGCCCGCAGCGGGUGACGGGAAGCUGCCGGAGGAAGAGCCACCCAAGAAAAAGCACCGGCGGAACCGCACGACCUUUACCACCUACCAGCUGCACGAGCUGGAGCGAGCCUUCGAGAAGUCCCACUACCCCGACGUGUACAGCCGGGAAGAGCUGGCGGGCAAGGUCAACCUGCCUGAAGUCCGCGUCCAGGUGUGGUUCCAGAACCGCCGGGCCAAGUGGAGGCGGCAGGAGAAGCUGGAAGUGUCGUCCAUGAAACUGCAGGACUCGCCCCUGCUGUCGUUCAGCCGCUCCCCGCCCUCGGCCACCCUGGCUCCCCUGGGCGCGGGCCCGGGCCACGGCGGGGGGCCGGCAGGGGGCGCUCUGCCGCUGGAGUCGUGGCUAGGCCCGCCGCUGCCGGGAGGGGGCGCCACGGCGCUGCAGAGCCUGCCGGGCUUCGGGCCCCCGGCGCAGAGCCUGCCGGCCAGCUACACCCCGCCGCCGCCGCCGCCGCCGCCGCCCUUCCUGAACUCCCCGGCCCUGGGCCCCGGGCUGCAGCCGCUCGGGCCGCCGCCGCCCACCUACCCGUGCGGCCCGGGCUUCGGGGACAAGUUCCCGCUGGAGGAGGCGGACCCGCGCAACAGCAGCAUCGCCGCGCUGCGCAUGAAAGCCAAGGAGCACAUCCAGGCCAUCGCCAAGCCCUGGCAGGCGCUCUAG